UCAAACUUCUAAACCCGCAAUGAUCUCUGCAUCUGACAUUGCUACCCGACUCCAAACCUGCGCCGUUUGCCCUUAUCCCCGCAUCAACCUGGCACUGUGCCAUGGAUUACAACCACAGCAAUGCGUCGUCAACAUUGUGGCCUGGACAGCCACCAUAUCCUGAGAAGUCCAGCCAGAUCCUUAUUCGCGAAUACCCCCACCGAGCCAUUGCGAUUACCUCCAACUCCCACGCGCUCAUCCUCCGGCACAGCACAACAACGGGCGAAGUCAUAGCCAAUGGCUCACUUGCCGCUGUAUCGUCUGCGCGCCAGCGCUCAGCCUCCUCGGACAAUGCCGCAUGCAAGUGCAUGGUUGAGUUUUCGCCGACGUCUGACGGGCUACUCGACGACUACCGCCCGCUCACGCCGCGGCCUAUCUACGGGACACUCGGGCUCAUAUCGAUCGGGAACGACGUGUUUUUGUGUGUUAUCACCCAGGCGUCGCGCGUCGCAAACCUUCGGCCUGGCGAGACGGUAGAAAAGAUAGAGGCGGUACAGUUUUUCUGUCUCAACUCGGCCGAGUACGAUGACGUCGUUGCCCUCGAUCCCUACGAUCUCGACCCGGACACCACGUCAGCAUACGGACAGGGUCUUGGACGGAGGGAUGUGCCGGUCGAACACCCUUGCCAGGAAUUACAGAAGCUCCUUGGCAACGGGACGUUUUACUAUAGCACCGAUUUCGAUGUAACAAACCGCAUGCAGGACAGGUCAGCGGAUGCUACGACAUUCGAUAUAGAUAACUUUGACGAAUCUUUCUUGUGGAACUCGUACAUGAUCCGCCCGCUUGUCUUGUUCCGGUCUCGACUUCAGAAGCAGGAGCGAGAGGCGCUGGAUGCAUCGAGGAUAUUGACCUCUGCCAUCCGAGGGUUCUGCAGGAGCUGGGCGAUACCACAGACCUCGGCACCGCUGAGUUCUGGCAAGACUGGCCUGCCGUCGUACUUGACUGUCAUAUCUCGCUUGUCGUGCAGGAGAGCUGGAACAAGGUUCAACUCACGCGGCAUUGACGACGACGGGAACGUGGCCAACUUCGUUGAGACCGAGACGACGUAUUGGAGCCCGUCAGGAGUCGUCUUCUCUUACGCGCAAGUACGAGGUUCGGUGCCCGUCUUCUGGGAGCAAGCUGCUGGUCUUCUGCCGAACCAACAGAAGAUUACGAUCACGCGCUCGGCCGAGGGAACGCAGCCAGCAUUCGACAAGCACUUCUCCGAAUUAGAACAAGCAUAUGGCGCGGUGCAUGUCGUUAAUCUGCUCAGCGCCACAAAACCUGGGGAGUAUGAGCUCACGAACCUUUAUCGGCUAGGAAUUCAAAACUGCCCCCUCAGCCUUGCAGAGGGGAAGCAGUCUAGGGACCAUGCGUUACUAAGGGCGACCGAGUAUGACUUCCACGCAGAGACAAAAGGGCCACAGGGUUAUGUGGCAGCCAACGAGAUCCGCCGAUAUAUCGAACAUUCGGCGGAUGGAUUUGCGUACUACCUCGCCCAGGAAUCAGACGAUAUGGGACCGUCAAAUGGCGGUGCCAAUGGCCACAAGCAGCGCCGCUAUGUCGUGGUUCUCCAGCAAGAGGGUGUUUUCAGAACCAACUGCCUUGACUGUCUAGACAGAACGAACUUGAUCCAGACAAUCAUUUCGCAAAUGGCCUUUGAAUCUUUCCUUGGCCAUAGAGGAGAACAUGCCUUAUCUGACUUCUGGUCCAGGCAUGCCAGCCUAUGGGCUGACAAUGGCGACUCUCUGUCCAAGAUUUAUGCUGGCACGGGCGCCCUCAAAUCGUCCUUCACGCGCACCGGCAAAAUGUCACUGGCAGGAGCUAUCGCCGACGUGCGGAAGUCGGCUACCAGGUUAUACUACAAUAACUUCGCUGACAAAGCACGCCAACUCACAAUCGAUACCCUCCUCGGAAGGCUAGUCGGCCAAGCACCUGUCAUUCUCUUUGACCCCAUCAGCGACUAUGUCGCCGGGGAGCUUCAACGGCGCAGCAGCGAGUUCUCCACGAAUGAAAAGAUCCACAUCCUGGUGGGGACAUUCAAUCUCAAUGGGAGGACCGACGGCAUCAAUGAAGACCUAACUGCCUGGCUUUGGCCUUCCGAGUUAGGUGCUAUCCAACCAGAAAUCAUCGCCAUUGGGUUCCAAGAGAUAGUCGAACUCAACCCGCAGCAUAUUAUGAACAGCGACCCCACAAGGAAACAGCUGUGGGAACAGGCGAUCAAGAGGACGCUGGAUCAGCACUACAGCAGAGACGGGGACGAGAAGUAUGUACUCCUGCGGAGCGGGCAACUCGUUGGUGCCGCGUUGUGCAUCUUCGUGAAGGCUUCGGUGCUUCAUAACAUCAAGAAUGUGGAGGGCAGCGUCAAGAAGACAGGGCUCUCUGGCAUGGCUGGCAACAAGGGCGCGGUUGCAAUACGGCUUGACUACGCAAAUACUCCUAUCUGCUUUGUGACGGCUCACCUAGCGGCCGGAUUCGCCAACUAUGAAGAGAGAAACAGAGACUAUGCCACCAUCGACCAAGGCCUCCGAUUCCAGAGAAACAGGGGGAUUGGUGACCAUGACUCGGUUAUCUGGUUCGGCGACUUCAAUUAUCGGAUCGGCCUCGGUUUGGAGGCUGCCAAAGAGCUCGUGAAGAGGCGAGACCUGGAACGACUAUUCGAAAACGACCAGUUGAACCUCCAGAUGAUGGCGGGGCUUGCCUUCCGGUUCUAUUCGGAGGCCCGGAUCAGCUUUAUGCCAACAUACAAGUAUGACGUUGGCACCGACGAAUACGAUAGCUCUGAGAAAGCUCGCAUCCCCGCCUGGACAGAUCGUAUCCUUCGAAAGGGGUCCAACCUUCGCCAGCUGGCCUACAACUCGGCGCCUCUUCGCUUCUCGGAUCACAGGCCAGUCUACGCCGUCUUCGAAUGUACUGUCAACAUCGUGAACGAGAGGCUCCGGGAUAAGAUCGGCCGAGAAAUCUACGAGCGGCGCAAGGUGGAUGUUGGCGAAGACACGGCCAAUCUGGCUGGCCACGAAUCCGAGGAUGAGGAUCUGAUAGGCUACGACGCCAUCGAACCUGGGCUCCCGCCGGCCAGCUCCGAUCGCCGGAAAUGGUGGCUGGAGAACGGGAAAAUGGCUCGAUCCUCCAUCAGCCCUCCCAAACCUGACAAUCCGGCAUCUCAGACCAUUCUAAACCCUAAGCGGCCAACUAACCCCCAUGUCCCCACCGACGAGCCGGAUUGGGUCAGUGUUCCAAGAUCUGAGUCCCGACUCUCCUCGUUUUCCAGUAUGUCGACAUCGCCAUAUGAACAUGUAAACCACUCGACAUUGCUCUCGUCUUCCGCAUCGAGCUCGACGCCUAGGAAGCUUCCUCCUCCCUUUGACCCUUCCGCUCUCCCCACCAAGGUUGGAAGGCUACACAUCAACGAAGUCACGAAGAGCUCGCAGACAGACGGCGCGCCUCCUCCGCCGCCACCACGGAGACAGACUAGCAUGGGUCCUAGUCCUGCGGUCAGUUCUUCGGCGGUUUCGAUUCAGCAGAAGCGAAAGCCGGUCAACAACACGACUCCCAAUCCUCCUAUUGGAUCGAAGCCAGCUGGAUCUCAAGCACAAGCGGCGAAACACAAGUUCCCACCCCCGGUGGCCAAGAAACCGGCACAUCUCGCGGCCACUGUCUCCCCGGAGACUAAACUGUCUGCAAGCGUCGCGUCAGAGGCAUCGACACUGCAUGGUUCAGAGAUGCUGUUACCGGGCCUUCCUCGUCGUGCUACAUCGAGCGUGAACAGCUCUUUUUCCGGCUUGAACCGCAGCCUCUCUGCAUCGCUAGCUAAGCAAGGUGGUAUAGGGGAUGAUACCCCGCCGCCACAGCCUCCUCGGCGGGUUAACAGCAGCACGAGCAUUCCCAUUCAGAAGCGGAUGGCAGCCUCCGGGGGGGUACCGCUUGUGGGCCUAGCAGGGCCGGAGGGACGAAGAGCACAGCUACCGGGGCCGAAGCCUGCCAAUCCAGUUGCUGUGCGGCCAACACAGAACCAGGAGCAUCCGGUUGACCUGUUGGGCGACGAUGAGGGGAUGGAAUUAGGCGGAUGGGAGGCUCUGAAGCCAUCCUCUUAGGAAGAGGAUGACGUUUCCCGUUUGGUUGAUUGAAAUGGCUGUCGCAAAAAGCGUUUGGCGGAGAGGCACGGGGUUUGGUACAAUACUAGGUAGGUUUCAUGGCUAGAACAGCAUGUUUCUAAAAGAGCGAUUUGCAUAGCGGCGUAGGAGUUCGUGGUUCAUGGGCAAAGAAGGCAGUAUUAAAGCGGCUGGAUAAGCUGGC